AUGGUGAAGCUGGGCUUCAGCUUCGGGAAGUUCGGCAGAGACCUCGGGUACCAGGAUGGGGUUACCAUGGACAGCGUCCCUCUGAUCAGCCCCCUGGAUGUCAGCCAGCUCCAGCCACCAUACUCUGACCAAGUGGUCAUCAAGACGCAGACGGAAUAUGGACUGCCCCCCACAGAACAGAUGAAGAAGUUCCCAGACCUGGAGGCCCAGAAGCUGGCCUCCACCAACCCGGAGGAAGGACGCGGGAUGCCCCCCGCACGUAUGCUGGCCUUCGUCAUGGCAAUCAUGGGCUGCCUCCUGAUCAUGUACAAGGCCCUCUGGUACGACCAGUUCUCCUGCCCAGAUGGCUUCCUGGUUCGGCACAAGAUGUGCACCCCGCUGUCCCUGGAGAUGUACUACGCGGAGAUGGGCCCCGAGCGCCACCGCAGCAUCCUGGCGGCCAUGGGGGCCUACCCGCUGAGCCGCAAGCAGGGCACCGAGCCCCCCGUGGUCUGGAGGAAGAUCCAUCCCGUCUUCAAGGAGGGGCCCAAGGCGUCCCCCCAGGCGGGCCCGGCCACCACCGAGGCCCCCGGGAAGCCGGCGGCGGCGGGCGCCGAGAAGGAGGCGGCGCUGCAGGCGGAGGGGAGCGCCCCGCCCCCGGCCCCGGCCCCGCAGUGACGGCCGCCUCCGCGCCCGGAGCCGCGAAGCCCCGUAGCGCCCCCCGCCCUCGGCACCCGUGACCGCCCCGCCAGAUGCUGUCCCACCACGUGGUCGUG